AUAGAUUAGACGAUCUACCACAUAAUAUUUUUUAUAAAUACACAUAUAAAUAUAAGAUAAUCUUAUAACUGACCUUUCAAUAAGAAAGCGGUCAACAACACAAAUUUCAAAAAAGUUCGUCUUCAGAUUUGGUAUAUAAAUGUUAAGCUGAUGGCAAAGAAAUCACAAUCACACUAGUACACUAGAUGACAUACAACUUGACAGUCGCAUAAGGUGCUGAUAAGUCGCAGUGAAUUUCCAUUUUACGUUUUGUGUUCAGCUCACAAUUUGCAUAGAUGUGCAUGAUCCAAGUCGCUAAAUUAUUAGCAAAAUGAAAUUAUACUUUUCACUUUUUGCACUAUCGUUAAUAGCGUGUAGUAAAGGAUUGACUAACUGCUCGUUAGAGAAGGACCAGAUGUGUGGGGCCUAUUGCUAUAAAGUUGUAAAACCACUACUUAACUUUCUAGAAUUAUUACGAUCAAAGGAUGAACAACUUGCAGAAUUGCAAACCAAAAUCAGCGAACAACAGGCUUCAAUAGUAAGUUUAAAGGAAUCCUUUAUACACACAGAAGCUCAGCUGAAACAGCAAAUCGAAUUGACAGACGACCUUAAAAAAAAGCUCACUGAAAAUGCUGCAGAAAUAUCAAAGAUGCAAUCUGAAGUGAAGUCCAAAGAUUCGCCACUUAGUGAAAAAGACAAGGAAAUAACACAUUUGCAAUCCCAAGUCAAGGACAAAGAUAACAAAUUAUCAUUAAAUGAUAAUAAAAUCAAACAAUGGGAAUCAAAAUCCCAAGAGAUUUUGAAAGAUGCAAGCUGCUUUGAUAAAGCGACCAAUGUGUAUACGAUUAAAGUUCCCGACUCGAAGACAUUUUCUGUGUCUUGUGAUUCGCAGUUGGCCGGUACAGGUUGGACUGUAAUUCAGCGCCGUAUAAACGGCAGUGUGAAUUUUAAUCGAAACUGGGAAGAGUACAAGGCGGGUUUUGGUGAUUUGCGCGGAGAAUUCUUUAUUGGAUUAGAGAAACUUCACUUACUGACGCAAUCGCAACCGCACGAAUUGUAUAUUUACCUUGAGGACUUUGACAAUGAAACCAGAUAUGCCCAAUAUAAUCAUUUUGUGGUUGGAAGUGAAGCAGAGUCUUAUAGCUUAAAAGAGAUUGGAGAAUAUUCUGGUGAUGCCAAAAAUGCUUUAAAAAGUCACAUUAAUAUGAAAUUUUCAACUCCAGAUCGGGAUAAUGAUACUCAUCCUGGAAAUUGUGCAAAUGCCUUUGAGUCUGGUUGGUGGUAUUUAGACUGUUAUUACUGCAAUUUAAAUGGUCCACAUGCAUCGAAAGGUGCUGAUUUUGAUACACCCAUUAUUAGUUGGAAUAAAUGGAAACGUCAAGCACUUAAAAGUACCCAAAUGAUGAUUAGACCAAAACAUCUUUAAGUUACAAAUACUUUUCAUUUAUUUCACAAUUAUUUUGCUUAUGUUGAAUGCAUAUUGAGAAAGCGAUUGAAAAUAUACGAUUUCCACACGUA